UCCACCACGCUCACUACCCAACUUCCUCACGCUGCAAAUCUCGGAAAUACUUGCAAACGUGCCGCAGGAUUUCUCUACACUGGUAUCGAACAGCACAGUAUUGGCGACAGCAAUGAGUGGCUAUCAGCGGGUCGCCGCCAUAGACGACGAUGAUCAUGUAGAGCACUCGCCGCCAGCAGUACCCAACUCCCCACCGCCCUCAUUCCGUAGCCGUGCGUCAUCGCGCCGACCAUCUCGGGAAGAUCAACCACAGCGCGCCGAAGCAGACCACGACCUGGACGAUGCCUUUGCCGCACCCUCUGACGACGACAGCGACGACGAAGAUGCCCGCGACAGGCGGCGCUUAAUACACAAUACUGAGGCAAACUCGGCCGUGGAAAGCCCCACCCUACCAAGACCAGGCGGGCCAGCGCGGCAGGUGACACAAUUCCCCACCGUCGCACCGGGCUCCUCAAGCGGGAGAGUAAUCGGUGCAGGGCAGACCGACGGUGUCUUCUCCAAUAUCAGCGCAAAGCCUCGACCAGGCGACGAUGUAGAGGAAAAGCCACCGACCUACGAGCAGGCCGCGGCAGAUGCGACACCGCCAUAUUGGGAGACGACAGUCCUCUCACCCUACCACAUCACCGGAAACCCGGACGACGUGUUCGUCGACGGGCUUCUUGUUGGUUCAUUGUUCUCUUUCGUCUGGAAUGCCUUAAUCUCCCUCUCCUUCCAACUAAUAGGCUUCCUACUCACAUACCUCCUCCACACCACACACGCAGCGAAACACGGCUCGAGAUUCGGUCUCGGAAUUACUCUGGUACAAUAUGGCUUUCAAAUGCGCUACGCAGCAACAAUAGAUCGCUCUGGUCCUUCAGAACCCGGCAUGCCAAAUGGUGGCGCAGACGGCAUGCCAGACGACCCAAAUGCCCACGACUUCGACCCGAACGCUGUGACAGGCGGAGAUCCAACUGGAGGAGCCGUGAGCGGUGGUCUCACUACCAGCGACUGGCUGUCAUACAUACUCAUGAUCUUGGGAUGGUUUAUCUUGAUCAGAGCAGCGUCAGACUUCAUGAAGGCGAGGAGACAGGAGGCGCUUGUGAGAUCGAGUCCAGAUCGAGGACUGGGCACUGCUGUUGUGGCGGAAGGCGAGAGGCCCGAGACGAGCGUCUAAGCAAGAGCAUGUAUGCGAGCAUGCACCUUUUCUUUGGUUACGAACGACAUGAGCAUGGGUGUGGGACGCGAAGGGAUGAGAAUAGCCAGGCGUUCGAUCGGGACUCUUUUUCGCAUAUGCGGCAUCAAGACAAAAUUCUCCUUCUAUGACUUCCAAUUCUACCACUAUUACGAUAGCGAAGCGUCAUCUCUUAUUUUAGAAAUUCAACACCUGCUGCAACUGCAGCUGCAACG